AUGGACAGGUCCUUCCUUCACAUAGAUAUUUUGCACUUGAAGGAGCAAUUGGCUCAGUCUCAGGAGGAGAUCGCAGAUGGACUGUCUUCGAUCAGCGAUCUCAUACAACAAGUGGAUGGUUUGACUCCCCUAGAGGGUCAGUUGGCACUUUCGCAGGCGGAGAACGCCAACCUACGUCGUCAGCUUGCGGAACACCUCGAGGUACACGACCAGUUGCAGGUGAUGGAGCAUGAUCGGGAUCGGGCUAUAGCUGAACACCGUGCUCUCCUCGAUACACUGAACAGUGCUAUACUCGGAUCCCGGUCGUCUGCGCUGACCGCUCGAUCGACGCCUAAGAGUGCUACUCCGGCCGGAUCGCCCCCUGCUCCCACUACCCCGGUAUCGAGAUCGCUUGCCCGUAGGUCCAGAUCGAGAUCGUCCGGCCCGCCUGACAAGCGUCGGCGUAUUCAACCAAGGUCACGAUCCAGAGAUUCUUUCACCGCCCGCGUGGCCUCCCAGCUAUUGUCGUUGAACCCUUCAAUGCCUUUAAACAAACUUCCCAGAUUGGCCCCACCCGAGCCUCCACCGAAUUCUUCUUGUUCUCCGCUUUCGUCCGCGGCUUCUGGGACUGGAUCGGGAAGUGAGGAGCUGACCGAAUCGGAUGCCCGAUCUUCGACCCCGAACCCCUUUCCGGCCGCUCGGGUUGUUCCCGCUUCUCCCGCAGCUACUGCGUUGGCUCAAGCACUGUUGCGUUCGCCUUCUACAGACGUUCCGAAGCCUCGUUAUCUUUCGUACCCAUCCACUCCGGUCGCGGCUGUCCCCGUAGUCGAAAUUCAAGAUAAUGGCGGCGUAGAAGACGUGGAGGUAUCGCCGACAGGGGAGACCCACAGCGAGACUGGCUCUGUUAGUCCGCCUUCGGAGUCCACUGCGCUUUCGAAUCGCCAUUCGUCCGAUAGCGAAAACAGCAUCACCCUUCCGGCGCGCCAAGUGGCUAACAGAGUCUUCUCUUCCGUUGACUUCGACAAUCUUCCGCCACUCCAGCAACCACGGGAUCGGUGGAUUCCAAACUAUCUGGCGCCCUCCCGACGAGUAGCUUCCGAGAUUGCUCCAUGGUCCGUUUCGCGGAUCGCGAUGGUUUGCGUGAGGAACAUGACCAUUGAGCUGUUGUGUCACCACUACUCCAAGCCCAGGAAUUUUCUGUUUCCCUUCUACAAUCAUGGACGAGCUCCGCCUACGGGGACUUGGGCUUCUGGGCUGAUCUCGCGGCAACACAUCGAGACUCUUUACGCUACAGCCCCUUGGGAUAACAUCAUAGUCCCAGUGAACCCGAUAUCGUUCACCAUGACUGGGUGGUAUCGUGAUAUGAGUCAUCGGUACCUGGAGCUUGAGUCCACUCAUCGACAAGCUCUGUGGGAAUCCACUCAUGCUUUCCCGAUUCCUCCGGCUCAACGGUGA